AUGGGCGCCGUCGUCUCUUGCAUCCAGAGUGCUCUCCGCACCAUCGGCCGCACAAUCAUGGCCAUCAUCAACGGCAUCGGCAACAUCAUCAUGGCCAUCGUCAACGGCAUCAUCAACUUCCUCGGCAUCAUCGUCGGCUUCCUCACCUGCAACACCUGCGGCGGUCGCCGUCGCCACGGUGGCACCACCACCCGCAAGAGUAGAGGGUUUGGGAGGAGGAGACACGGGACUACUGCUGCCAUUUAA